GCGGCGCUGGACGCACGUGGCCGGUCCCGGGUCGCUGCCUCUGGCCGGCGGGCUACGCCGGAGGUGCGAUGUUUUGAGACUCGGGGGUAAGGUGUGGUGUUUCCGUGGCCUCCCGAGUUCGGGGUGGGAAAGCGCGGCUUCCGGGGGCCCCGGGGGCUGAUCUCCUUGCAGGUCGCCGUGGCCGAGUCUGGCGCGGGCUCCUCGGACCCUCUACCUGACCCGCCUCGCCGUGGGCCCGAGGUCGCACGGCUCGGUCUCCAGAACCCAGCCCAACACACUGAAGGGCGUGGGGAGCCGGCGGGGCGGGGACUGUCGCCAUCCCCGGUGGGGGCGCGCGGAAUCUGCCAGCCCGGAAGAACAGGCUGCGCCGCGCCGGCCGGAAGCGUUGCUCGCGAGGCGGAAGCGGAGGGAGCCGGCAGGUGCGGCGGGAGCCUGUUCUGUCAACGCCGGAGACCCUGAUCUGGGGCAGGACGUGAUUGUGGCUGUCAAGUCUGUCAGGCAAAGGACUUAAAGGCCAAAAGAGCAGGGCCGCUUGACGGUGAGAUGCUGAUGCAGGGGCCAAACGGACCAUAAUGGUCUACCUUCGGGGGCAUUAUACACUAUGUGUCAUAUCUGAUCGACGGAUGUGUUCUCUCAGUGUGCAACUUUUCAGACAUGUUUGUGACAGGAGGUUGUAGGCUGCGUAAAAAGAAGCCAUUAGCUCCGGAAGGAAAAAAAAAAUGUCUCAAAAGCAGAUGAAGGAAGCUUUUGUCAGUAACCUCAAUGGAACCAGCGUGCUGGAAGUGACCCAGGGCUUGUGCUUUCCUGCAUUCUGUAUCCUGUGCAGAGGCCUUUUGAUCAUUUUCUCAGAGCACUUGUGUGCGUUCUCACACCACCGGCGCUCCCGAUUCUUCAUGGACUUCGUUGUUCUCAUAGUGCCCCUGGUGGUCACUCUGACUAUACUGUCUUCCUUUAUUCUCCUUGAGAGUCUCGCGGUGAUCGCCUGCGGCUCGUGGCUGUUGUAUCAGAUAUACCAGAGGAGGACUUGCUGUGCCAAAGUGCCUGUCCAGAAGGUCUUUGCAAACUUCUUGAACAUCGGCCUAGAGUCAGAGUACAAUCCAGCCAUCACCUGUUACCGGGUCAUUAACAGUGUAUUCACGGCUAUUGCCAUUUUGGCUGUGGACUUCCCACUUUUCCCUAGAAGAUUUGCCAAAACGGAGCUUUAUGGGACAGGGGCCAUGGAUUAUGGAGUAGGUGGUUUUAUUUUUGGGGCUGCAAUGGUUUGUCCAGAGCUUAGAAGGAAAUCUGUAGAAGGGUCCAGGUUUAACUACCUUAGCAAAUCACUGUAUUCUGUCUGGCCGCUCGUCUUCUUAGGAAUGGGACGGUUAGUCGUUAUAAAGUCCAUAGGCUAUCAGGAGCAUUUAACUGAGUAUGGCGUUCACUGGAAUUUUUUCUUUACCAUCGUAGUUGUGAAAUUAAUAACCUCCCUUCUUUUGGUUAUCUUCCCUUUAAAUAAGUCGUGGAUCGUGGCUGUCGGCAUUGCCGUGUUGUACCAGCUAGCUCUGGACUUGACCCCACUCAAGAGGGUCAUUUUGUACGGCACUGACGGCAGUGGUUCGAGACUUGGUUUCUUUAACGCCAACCGAGAAGGAAUCAUUUCCACUCUGGGGUACGUGACAAUCCACAUGGCUGGCGUGCAGACAGGGUUGUAUGUGCUUCAGAACAGAACACAUGUUAGAGACUGCAUAAAAGUUGCUUGUUGUAUUCUUGUCGUGGCUGUUAGCUCCUUCAUUUCCCUUUAUAUAGUUCAAGUAAAUAUAGAAGCCGUAUCUCGAAGAAUGGCCAAUUUAGCCUUUUGUAUGUGGGUGGUUGCUUCUAGCCUGCUGCUUCUUAGCUGUCUGUUACUGAGUGAUAUAAUUUUGAGUUUUGCCAAAUUUCUAAUUAAAGGGGCUCUAGUACCAUGUUCUUGGAAACUUAUACAGUUUCCUGCUACAAAUAAAAAACAUUCUGAAUCUCUCAUCCUAGAAGCUGACAAAAAAGAACCCAGCCUUUGUUUAAUCACAGCUCUGAACAGAAACCAGCUGUUUUUUUUCUUACUGUCAAAUAUAACAACUGGUCUAAUUAACCUGAUGGUGGAUACAUUACACAGUAGUGCCUCCUGGACCUUAGUUGUGCUCGGUAUUUAUAUGUUUACCAACUGUUUGGUUAUAUAUGUCCUUGAUUUACAAGGUAAAACCAUAAAGUUUUGGUGAUGAAUGGGUAGGCUGUAUAUAUUUGAACAGCAUUAUUUUAGGGAGGAAAGUAGGUGUGAAGGAGAUGUGCUCUUAGCAAUCCAGGCUUCACCAUAUUUUAUCAUCAAGUUCAAUCCUCUGACAGAAAUUAAACUCUACUUUUUUUGAGGAGGACUCUUGCCACUCUACCUGGAUGUGUGAUACAUUUCGACAUUAUGUAAAACAAGCCAACAGAAGUGGUGCGUGGCUUUAAUCUCAGAGCAUGGGAGGCAGGGGCAGGCAAAUCGCUGUGUGUGCAAGGCCAGCCUGCU